GAACCCAGGCCAGCUGGGUUGUUGUGGAGGUCGCACAAAUCCAAUCCAGACAGUAGGAGCAGUGAAAAACAAGCUUCGGCAACUUCCUAGAAAAAGGAAAUGUGGAAGACAACCCUUAUUCCCACUUGUAGCUCAGUGGAUUGGUGGCUGGCGUGGACAUCCACCAUAUUUAUAACAUCUUUUCCAUUUUCAUCACCUUUUCAAACAAACAAAUACAAAAGGAUUUAAAUGAAAAAAUAGAUAAAAAAAAAAUAAUAAACACCCAGCCGGAACCCAAUUUCGCAGCCACCGCCUCCUGCCGAAGUUAACCACCACCACCGCCACCGCCAUUGAAUUCGGAGGAGUCCGAUUCAUUCAGCAAGAAGAGAGACAGAGAGAGAUGGCGAUGAAAGAUGAGUUCAUGGGGCAAAUUGGCGGCAACCUAAUACUUGAGGGGGUAAACAGUAGUUGAGAGUUGCAGAGAGAAAGUGGUGGUACUUUCGAGAGCUAUCACUGAAGAUCAGAUCAGAUCAGCUCUUAACAGGUGCAGUAAUUACAUUGCGACUUCCUUAAUUACCAAGUUACCAUUACAUUACCAUCUGUUUGGUUACCAAGAAAAUAUUUCAAGUCUUAUCAUUUCUGAUCUUCGCUAGAGAAAGAUGUAAUCUUGAGUAGAUAAUCUUUAGUGGGGUUGAUUGUUUCGUUUCCCUGAUCGAAUACAGUUAUACUUGAACCUUUUCAUCUAGGAUCUGUUUGUUUCCAUAAAGCAAGCGUUGAAGAUAGGAUUGGUGAAUUACCAUUACCAAUGGGUUCGAUAUCAGACCAUCAAGCAAGCGUUGAAGACAGGAUCAGUGAAUUACCUGAUACGAUCCUUUGUCACGUUCUUUCUUUCCUUGAAACGGUACAUGCUGUCAGAACCACCGUUUUGUCUACGAGAUGGAACAACUUAUGGACUAAAGUUCCUAAUCUACACUUUGAUUAUUAUCCAAGUUUCUCUCCUAAAUAUGAAGAUGAAGAUGCAGAUGUAUGUCGCAAUCAUUUUAUGACUUUCGUUGAUCGUGUACUUUUCUUUCGUGACUCAUCAAAAAUCCAAAACUUCACUCUCAGCUGUUUCGAAGAAUCUGAUUUCACUCGAAUUGAUGGUUGGCUUUGCACUGCCACCAGGCGUAAUGUUGUUAAACUUGAUUUUGGUCUUCAUAAUAUUUGUAAGUAUGACCGCAGGGUUACUUUUUCGUUUCCUCAAAGCCUUUUCAAGUGCAAGACAUUGGAGGUUUUGAAGCUUUCUUCAAACUGUACUACUUACUAUCCUCCUACAUCAGGGUGUUUUCCAAGUCUCAAAUUCCUCCAUAUUACACUUCAUAAUUCUCAUGAUACCUCUGCCGGACAGCUCAUUUCUUGUUGCCCUCUACUUGAAGGGUUGACUAUUGAUGGACAUGUUGGCACUCGUGGAGAUUCUGUGGAUGUUCAUUUCAACAUUUCUGCUUCUAAAUUGAAGACUUUGACAAUAAGUUUGUCAGCUUAUCCCACAAGUCCUUACAAUGUUUUAAUUAAUGCUCCAAAUCUGAAAAGCAUUAAUCUUAGCCAUAAUACUGUGGCCUAUUACUCUUUCGAGAAUGUAAGCUCUCUUGUCAAUGCCAAUAUUGUUCUCGAAGCCUGUCAAGAAAAGGAACGAAGUACUGUCUUUGCCAAUCGUGUCAUUGCGCUUAUGGGAGCAAUUUCCAAUGUUAAACAUCUUUCUCUUUCAGGCGAAUGUGCAGAAGGUUGUUGUCAUCAAUACUUCCUCCCAGAAUACUUCCUCCCAGAGGAGUUGGUUCUGCAGGAUUGCUGUUUCUGGGAUGUGCUACCAGCAGUGCUCCAGAUAUCACAUAAUCUACAACAUCUUGUCUUGGAAGAUAGCACCGAAUUUAGGUCAAGGUUCCCAGAGCAUCAGUGGUAUCCACCAGAAUGUGUGCCUGUUUGUUUGUUUCGGCUGAAGACUAUCUCCAUACGGAGAUUCCAGGGACGACAUGUUGAAAUGGCAGUGGCAAAGUAUUUAUUGAAGAAUUGUAAAGUUUUGAGUAAAAUGGCAAUAUAUGCAGGUCAUGGGAUUACAGAAGAGAAGAAGUUACACCAGGUAUUUGCCAUGUUUGAAAGGGGCUCAACGACUUGUGAAGUUGAAAUCAUUGAAGCGUAAUUUGGUUUCUUCAAGCACUUUAUAUUCAAAGUGCAUUUGAGAUUUGGCACAAAUCCAUUUUCGAGUUUGUAACGGCAUGAACUAUUGUGAAAGAAGAUAAGUGAAUCGCUUUGAUUUUUGCAGAUGCUUGUUUACGGUUGUGUAGAUUCCUUAUCAAGGGUGAGUUGCAGAUAUUUGCGGCUUUAAGCUUUUUUCAGUUGCUUUGCUUUUCAUAUUUUUCCGGCAAUGCAAUGCAAUUGAACAGGAAAGGAAGUAUGAUUCUAAUUUGAUAGCACAGUUGUUUCAGGUAGCAUGAUGUUCUUUUACUUUCCUGUUCAAUUGCAUUGCCUUGAUGAGCUCAUUAAGAAUGAUUCUAAUUUGAUAGCACAGUUGUUUCAGGUAGCAUGAUGUUCUUUUACUUCAAUUUAUUUUUCUGGUUUUUAGCAGAUGCUAUCUUUCUUAGAAAUUAAUGUUUUGUACAUCUUGGUUGCUAGUAAUGAUAGUUUAGCUGCUCUUUUUAGUUGCGUAUUUUGUUCGCUAUAAUUUGGUAUAUAACAAGGUAUGUUUCUUGUCUCAUGGCCAUUUUUCAGAGGUUGGAGCAGGGGCUGAAAGUUGUUUGCGUGUUUAAGGGUUGGUUGGCUUGCGAGGAACUCAAAUGUAAUGAUAUUUGUUACAUUUUUAGAUUCUUAGAUUUGGUUGAGUUCAUUUUUAUGGGAAGAAAAAAUGUAUUAGGAAUUGUUUUCAUUAUCAGUAUGAAUAAUUUUUUUACCGGUGGUAUUACUAUUUGAUUUUAUUUUGUAAUA